AUGAAGUUCUUCGUUCUUCUUGCGGUUUCUGUUGUUCUCAUCGAAUCCUGUCCAACAUCAACCACUUGUCCUGCUGGAUGGACUGCUUUCACUCGGGAAAAAGGUCCCUGGUGUGUUCUAGUAACUAAAGAAAAACUAGAUCAUUCUGGAGCUAUCGCUUCUUGUGAAUCGAAAGGAGCGAUAUUGUCUGGUAUUGCUUCAGAAGAGGAACGUCUUGGAUUCCAAAAAUUGGCGAAGGAAUUGAGUUUGAAUUAUGUUUGGUUGGGUGGACUUCGAACUGAAGCAUGCAUGAAAUCUAAGCUAACAGUAACUUGUACCCAAUCUAAUAGUUUUGUGUGGACUGAUGGAACAACAAGCACAGAAUUCAAAUGGCGAAACAACGCUCCAGAUAAUGCUCAAUUAGAUAAUCCAUUCCUCGGUUUGACUGUUUCAAAUGGUCUUUUGGAAGAUAUUUACACGGCUAGUCAAUUGAAUGGAACUGUUUGUGGGAAAUAUGCUUAA